AUGGAAGUUAAUGUAGAAGAAGAAGAGAGAAGAAGUAGAAGAGAAGAUGAAGAUAAAGAAGUUUAUCACUCUCUUCUCAACUCUCCAUGUUCUGCCUUUCACAAAACUGUUCAAGCCAUACUUAAGUGUCUUGGUCUUGAGUCAACAUUAGUAUCACCCUCUUCAUCAUCUUCAUCGCCACCAUCAACAUCAUCAGAAGACCCUGGAAAUGAAAUCGUUCAAGAAACAGGAUUUGUGGCGAUGGUUACAAGAUUGGUAAGGAGGAGACCAAGACAACCUUACAGCUCAGGACGGCCUGGUCAAAUCAACUGA